AAGAUAUAUAUUAAAAAAAGAUGCUACAUAAUUCAUAUCACGUAUAUUAAAAAAGAGUUAGGAAUUUGUGCAUUAUGAUCUUCGUAAUGGAGCAAUUACUUUUUGCAUUUGCUCUACUCGAUACCGGUUCCCUUUUAUUUCUUCUUGUGUACUUUAUAAUAACACUCUCAGAUUUAGAAUGUGAUUCUUUAAAUGCUAGACAAUGCUGUUCAAGAUUAAAUAGGUGGGUAAUUCCCAAGGUCAUAGCUCACACAUUUCUGUUAUUUCUACUACUUAUUAAUGGCCAAUGGAUGUUAACUCUUAUUAAUGCGCCAAUGACAAUGUGGCUCAUUUAUGAAGUUUUUAGUACUCCCCAAGGUAAUAUGGGUGUAUAUGAUCCAACAGAAAUACAUAAUCAUGGACAAUUAAAAAGGCAUACAAGAGAUUGCAUGAUAUACCUUGGUUACUAUUUAGUAUUGUUUUUUAUUUAUUUAUAUUGUUUGAUUGUAUCGCUCUUAAAAGGAGAUCCAAUAAAUCGACAUGAAGAUGAUAUGGUAGAAUUCUAAGCUUUACAUUAAAUUAUAUUUUAUAUAUUAAAUAUAAAUUAUCAUUAAUGCAUUAAGGAAUUUAUGAUGAAAUAUUGGAUUUGAAAGAUAUUAUAGUACAAGUUAUCACUUUAAAAUUUUGACACGAAUAAGGCUUUUAUAUUAUUGAGCAUUAUAUGCGUAAAAAUUAUUUCUGUAAUUAUUUUGUUUCUAGUCAAGCAUGCUUCUAUAAAUUGAUGGAAUUUCUAAUUUAACUAAUUUAAAUUAUUAAAUACAAACUGAAGCUAUUAUGAAGUUUUGUUAACUGUUAAAUUUAUAAAAAGAUA